AUGACACCUCCGCGCCCAGUGAUGAUUAUGGCGGCCAUGUUGGCCCUUACGUCGAUGGCAGUGGCUGGAGGUGGAGGCGGAUAUGGUGGCGGCGGAGGAGGUGGUGGAUUUGGCGGAGGACAUGGAGGUGGUGGAUUCGGAGGUGGUGGAUUUGGCGGAGGACAUGGAAGUGGUGGAUUUGGUGGAGGAAACGGAGGUCAUGGAGGCAGUGGUUUUGGAGGUAGCAACUCCGGAGGCUACGGAGGAAGCAACGGAGGCGGAAGUGUAGUCGCAGGAGUCUUGGUUGGCAGCGGGUCCCUUCCGAGCGGCGGCGGAGGCGGAUACGGAGGCGCAAGCGGAGGCGGUUUCGGAGGUGGAAGUGGAGGCGGUUUCGGAGGCAGCUUUGGAGGAGGACAUGGAGGCAGCUUCGGCGGUGGAAAUGGAGGCGGUUUCGGAGGUGGCUUUGGGGGCGUCGGAGGUGGUCACGGAGGCAGCUUCGGAGGUGGAAAUGGAGGCGGUUUUGGUGGCGGAAGCGGAGGCAGCGGCUACGGAAAAUAA